AUGGUGUACUCAGCCUUGUUCAUCGCAGCACUGUCUUUUCUCGUACUCACCCUCGUACCGGACAGCCUGGCGUGCUUCGUGGCCCUCAUGGUCUUCGAGUACACGCGCUGUCUCUGGGAGAUCGGGUCGCUGUUGCAUCUAGUUGAAUGUGUCAGCUUCCUCAACUACAUCCGCGUCCUCACUCUGGCUCGUGUCCUUGGCACUUUGAUCGCCAUCACUGCACUCAUUCCGGAGGCCAUUGGCUAUUGGUACCUCACUCCUCCCGAUCUCGCUUCCGAUCUCACUCCCGAUCUCAUUCACGACCCAUUGGCGACCGGUACCUCGAGCGACCCGCUGGUGCUAGGUGGGUUCCCAUUCAUGUGGUGUCACUGUUGCGUGUCGUUGGUACUGUUGUUAUUCGCGUUAGCCCAGUAUCGGUUUCGGGUCUUGUGGGACUCGCCGGCGUUUUUGGUGUUCCAAGAUCGGCACUUUUUGGCAUGGGAGAGUGCGAAGAGUUUAAUGCCACGAACGCAGCUGGUAGCCGUCACAGACGCAUACCGGCGGGUGUACUGCCGAUUGACACUGCCUUCGAACCAGCCGACGCUGCGACGCGGAUUGGUCGCGACCCCCGCACGUGCGUUACAAGUCCUCUGGGUCGUCGCAGCCAACAUCGCCACACGAGCGGCCGCACGCAGUCUCGUUACCGCUCUGGUCGCCGUCUUCGUGGCCACCUACGUCCUCGAAGCACUCGUCAAAGGCUGGGUACGGAACGCGCUACUUUUCCGUCACGGGGAACCCUCUCGGGUACUCGCACUCCUGGUCCUUGAAAUGCUCACACUCCCCGCACUCCUUCUCGCAUACCGCGUCCGCACACGCCGCAGAGACUUCGUUGCACUCGCUGGACUCUCCUGUCUUGCCGUCCUCUUCUGUCUAACCGCACACGUCACCACUCUCGACACACACGGUUUCUCGCAUUACCAACCCGCCUUCACUCUCGCUACCCACCACGCCCUAGACCUCGAGUGGACCUCGAAUGGACCCACCGUUACCGGUCCCACUGGGACGACUCACGGCGGGACCAGUGCCCGGUUGGGUGCCGACUUCGGGUCCGACGGAGAGGCAGUGCCAGCGAACAUGUUUUGGGUCUUCAUCACGUCGGUCGUGACGCUGCGAGUCUUAACUGCGGCGUUGCAGCACAUCGCGCUCUGUACGAUCCUCGAACGCGCAACCGUCGGGUUCCGAGGCACGUUGUUGGGCUUCGUGCUGGCCGUAAGUCGCGCGAUCGAACUAACGGCCAGCGCCAGUCCGACCGUGCUACAGGGUUUCCUCGCGCUCGCCAUCGGCUUUGUCGCUCUGGCGCUCGUCAGCUUUAAACUCGAAAGCUCCAUCGUCAUGCUCGGGGAAGACAAACCCUCUCUCACACGGUCAGCCAGCCGCCAUCGCGCCGACUGCGUCAUCAAGUGCGCUGCCGGCUGGAGUUCCCGCAGCGCCUCGUCCGACUCCGACAUGGCCCCCAUCUCGAAGGCCAGGAAAAAACGUGCCAGGCAAGCCAGACGUGACGAUGGCCCCUACUUCUGGUCCUAA